GGAAACAGUGAUACGUUAACUUCUGAAGAAAUUGAGGAAAAACGAAAUGAAAGUUCCUUCGAAGCACUUUUACCAAACGAGCUUAACUCCUUAACGCUUGAUAAAAUGGACAUUCUUGAAGAAGCUAAUCCAACAUCAUCUGACAUUUCACGUUCUCACUAUUUUCAUGGUAUUCCACUGAGUAAAAAAGAAAGUUGCAGCAGUCUAGACGAUGUGAAAGAAUUAUUUCAUAAAUAUAAUGAUCGGGUUGAUUUGUCGCAUAUGGAGGAAAUUUGUUUAGCAUCUAAGUUGUGCCCACUCUGGAAACAACCACUUUACAAUUGCAUCUCUACUUCAGUUUCAAAUUUCAUUGAUUUUAAUGAAUUCACAAAUUGGUGGAAAAAAUUUAAAGAAAAUGCUUACGAUGAGGCUUCACGCUUUGUUUACAUUUUAACGAAUGGAAGCCGAAAUUUCCUUGUUGCAGAUGAUUUUGAAGCACUUAUGCAGGACUUAAUUGAGACAUUACCCUCACUGAGCUUCUUGAAAGAAGCAAAUACCUUCCAUCAAGCAUACAUCAAAACAGUGACAGCACGCAUUUUCUGGACUGUUUGUCAUUCUUGGAAAAAACAUAUUUCAAUAGCAGAAUUACGUUCAUCAAAUCUAUUAAAGGCAAUUAGAGCACUGGAAAAAGUAGACGUCAAUGAAGAACGUGAAUUUUUUAGUUACGAACAUUUUUACGUUAUUUACUAUAACUUUUAUUUGUUGGAUAAAGAUAAAAAGAAUUACUUAACACCGUUUGAUCUUUCUCUUUAUUCCAAUUGUGCAUUAACAAAUUUGGUAGUGGAGCGCAUUUUUUCCGGAGCUGUAUCACCGAAUUGUUCAAUGAAACAAAUUAUGGACUACAUUGCAUUUGUCAAUUUCUUAUUGGCAGAAGUUGACAAAUGUCACCCGAAAAGUAUCGAGUACUGGUUCCGAAUAAUGGAUUUAAAUGGAGAUGGUCGCAUUUCAUUUGAUGAAAUGGAACGAUUUUAUAACGAAAUAGUAGCAAAUGUUGUCAAUAUGGAUGUGGAUACACUAAUAUUCAAUAAUUUAGUAAACAUGUUAAAAGAUAUGAUAUCACCACAUUCACCGACAUAUUUUACAUUAUCCGAUCUUAAACGAUCUCCUUCACUGGCGCGUUAUUUCUUCGAUACUUUUACCAAUUGGAUGAAACACAUUGCACAAGAAAGUUGCAAGCCUGUUAGAAGAAACGUAGCGAAUUCACGAUUCAGCGAUUGGAAUCGCUACUGUAAAUCGAAAUACGAAAUAUUAAGAGCAAAAUUAUCGAAUAAUGACAAGGAAACAUUAGUUAAUGAAAUUUUGAAUAGUCUAAAUCUAGUAAUGAAAAAAGAAAUCAUAUCCGCUAUUUUCCAAAGCUGCGAAUUAUUCUUUUUCUAA